AUGAACUAUGGAGUCAUUGUUCCAGCUAGACAGCACAUGUUGAGUGUGUACAAUGCGAUCGUCUUUCUAAUUUUAGCUAAAUGGCACGUAACGCAUAACCUGAUCGAUUAUCACGUGCCGAGUUACGUGACGGGUUAUAUGCCGGAUUAUGUGCCGGGUUACGUGCCGGGUUAUGUGACAUGUUACGUGCCGGGUUACGUGCCGGGUUACGUGCCGGGUUACGUGCCGGGUUACGUGCCGGGUUAUGUGCCGGGUUACGUGCCGGGUUAUGUGACAUGUUACGUGACAUGUUACGUGCCGGGUUAUGUGACAUGUUACGUGCCGGGUUACGUGCCGGGUUACGUGCCGGGUUACGUGCCGGGUUACGUGCCGGAUUAUGUGCCGGGUUACGUGCCGGGUUACGUGCCGGGUUACGUGCUGGAUUACGUGCCGGGUUAUAUGUGCCGUAAUGGUAAAGUAGUCUGUAGUAAUAUCAAUUGUAUCUGA